AAUAUGGAAUAAUUCAUAACCUAUUUGUUCAGCGUGUUUCGUUUUGUUGUGAGAGUGAACAUUUGAUUCCAUAACAAGUUUAUAUUUGAAAAUGGGAAAAAUUAAAGAAGAGCCCAGAGAUACCGCUGAUAUGGAUGUUUCUGUGAAAGAAGAACCAGAGUUAUCUUAUGAAGACAAAAUAUCUCAUUGUAGUGUGAUUGCCAAACCAAUGGCAUCUAAAAAGUUGGCUAAGAAGACCUAUAAACUCUUGAAGAAAGCUCUCAGCCAGAAGACUCAAGUCAGGGUUGGUCUCAAAGAUGUACAGAAACGGAUACGUAAAGGAGAGACAGGAAUUCUCGUAUUGGCUGGAGACAUCCAUCCCAUUGAAAUAAUGUGUCAUCUUCCAAUUGUUUGUGAAGAAAAGAAUAUUCCAUAUGUGUUUGUUCCAAGUAGGAAAGAUUUAGGAGCAGCAUUAGGAGUGAAAAGAGGUUGUGUAAUGGUGUUGAUCAAGCCUCAUGAAGACUACAAAGAAAACUUCAAUGAACUUAAAGAAGAAGUGAACAGUUUAGGAGUACCUUUAUUAUAAAAUGAAACUUUUGUUAUGCACACAUUGAACUGAUUCUAGAGCUCUUACCUGUUGGCUUUAGGCAAUUCUGACACAUGAAAAACAAAGCUUGAUGAGCAAAUGACAAAGAGAUACUUCAAUGUAAAAGUAGAUGUUGCUUUGGUAUCAAAUGUUUAUCGAGUAAUUUAUAAUCUUUCCUCGAAGAUCUGGGUUCUAAAAAGGCUAAAAAAUAUGCUUUAAUAAUUUUAGUUCGUUGCACCAUUAUAAAGUUUUUACUAAACCUGUAGAGUCCAGAUAACUGUUCAUACUGAUAGCUCAUGCUAGUUUCCCAAAAAUUUUCAUUAAACAUUUUUUUUUG